AUAUAGCCUGUUAGCACACCGGCCUGGAGGCUCGGGCAGCUGCAGUGCUUCCGGCCCCAGUGCACGCCUACUGCGUGUGUGCACAGGCUCCUCUCGGAGGGCUGCGGCAGGGCCCGGGGGCUGCAGCCGCGGCGGGUAAUUUCAUGCUCUGAAAAUGGGACAUAAAGUGGUUGUGUUCGAUAUUUCUGUCGUCAGAGCCUUGUGGGAAACUCGUGUCAAGAAGCACAAAGCUUGGCAGAGGAAGGAGGCAGAAAGGCUUGAGAAAAGCGCAUUGGAAAAGAUAAAGGAGGAGUGGAAUUUUGUGGCCGAAUGCAGGAGCAAAGGCGUCCCCCAGGCUGUGUACUGCAAGAAUGGCUUUAUAGACACCAGCGUAAGGCUUCUGGAGAAGAUCGGCAGGAACUCUCUCACAAGGCAGAAUUCUCUUUCCAAGGAGAGAGACAAGCGGAACAGUGCCUUUGUGUUUGAGCUUUCAGGGGAGCAGUGGAAGGAGCUCCCAGAUUGGUUGAAGGAGCAGACGCACCUGAAAGAGUGGCACAUAAGCAAUACCCUGAUUCAAAUCAUUCCUACGUAUGUUGAGCUGUUUCAAGCGAUGAGAAUUCUGAAUCUGCCGAAAAACCACAUCUCCCAUCUUCCAGCUGAAAUUGGUUGUUUGAAGAACCUGAAAGAACUCAAUGUGAGUUUUAACCAUCUGAAGAGCAUUCCUGAAGAACUGGGAGACUGUGAAAAUCUUGAGAGACUGGAUCUUUCUGGAAAUCUCGAAUUAACUGAGCUCCCCUUUGAAUUAAGUAAUUUGAAGAAGGUUGUAUUUGUAGAUAUCUCAGCAAACAAGUUUUCCAGUGUCCCGAUCUGUGUCCUGAGGAUGUCUAAUUUGCAGUGGUUGGAUAUCAGCAACAAUAACCUGAAUGACCUACCACAAGAUAUAGACAGGCUGGAAGAGCUGCAGACUUUUCUCUUGUAUAAGAACAGGCUGACCUAUCUCCCUUACGCCUUGCUUAACCUAAAGAAGCUCGCCUUGUUUGUCGUCAGCGGGAACCACCUGGUGGAGCUCCCGACGGCCCUUUGUGACUCAUCCACACAUUUAAAAUUUGUAAGCCUUAUGGACAAUCCUAUUGAUAAUACCCUAUGUCAAGGUAGUGAAGAAAUGAUGGAAAGUGAACAAGAUCGCCAAUGCUUUGAUAAAGAAUUUAUGAAAGCCUAUAUUGAAGAUCUUAAAGAAAGAGAAUCUGUUCCCAGCUAUACCACCAAAGUAUCUUUUAGCCUUCAGCUUUGAUACCAUUCAUCAGAAGACUGCAGAAUCUCCCUAUCCUGUGAAGCUGUACAUCUUCGUGUUGUAGGUCAUGUCACAGAGGAAUAUGAUUUGUGCUUAAGGACAAAGUCUAGAAACCAUGAGCAUAGUUGUUAGGAAAAAUGAUUUUCAAAUUUCAAAUUUAUGAAUACCUCUCCCUGUAGACUGGAAAAUUGAUAAAUGGGUUUAUAUAUUGAUAUUUGAAGGAUCACUUGCAUACACUUUUUUCCAAAUAAUGCACAUUUAAUGUUUUAUAAAAUGUGUUAUUUUUUAAAACUAUAACUUAAAGACCAAAUUCUGAAGUUGAUUGCAUUGUUUUUAGGAACCUAGAAAUUAAGGGGUUGUGGAAAGAGCAUUUAUAGUGGUCUAGUUAAAUGAGACUUUAUUAUUCUGUAAGAGUUUUUAAUGCAUAAUUUUUUUUUUUUACUGAGAACAGUCUUGGGUUUAUGCAAACUGCUAUUUUCAUAUGUCCUCAAUGAUAUUUUGCAAGUGCAGACUGUCAGGAGAGACUUUAGGUAUAAUCUGGGCUUUGACGGUAGGAAGAAGGGCUGGACUGUGGGCCCCUGCUUUGGGCUCAGGACACACAGUUGGUGCAUGGGUAGCCUUCGUGGAGGGCGUGUGGAGCUGGCUGGUCAUGGGGAGCCUCGCAUGGCCUGCAGGUUUGGUUGUCCUGCCCUGACUGGGCUCCUCAGAAGUCCUGGGACCCACCUCAGAGCAAGGAACAGAGGCAGGGCCCUCAGUGACGUCCUCUAAGGUGGCCAUUUAGGGUUAUAGGGAUGACCAGUCCACGCUGAUGAGGGGUGCCUAGCAAGGCUUCCUUGCAGUGCCACAGGACAACUCUGCCCUGGCCAAGGCACUGGGGUGCAGAGGGAGCUCACAAGACUGUGUUUUACCUUUGCAAAGAUGGGAUUCAUUACAGGGCUUUGGACUCUUAUAUCACAUCAUAUGAUCUGGAGAAAUUAUACAGAUAUCUAUUUUUAUACCAUUAUCUUGGACUAAAAUAAAUAAGAUUGUGAGUGAGUUGAAGAUAAGCUUAAACAAGUAGCUUUUGGUAACUAUGCUUAUUGUGGUGAGCAUUUUGUAAUGUAUAUAAAGGUUGAAUCACUUUGUGGUACACCUGAAACUAAUAUAAUACUGUAUGUCAACCACACUUCAAUUAAAAAUAAGUAGCCUCUGUGACUAAGAAGGAAAAAUGCAUCUAUUCAUGUAUAUUUAAUAUAUGUAUUGACUCCUCUAGGGUCUAACCCAGUGCUGUCCGGUAGGCCCUUCUGCAGUGAUGCAACUGUUCUAUAUCUGUGCCGUCCAGUGUAGGAACCGCAAGACACAUGUGUUUCUUGAGCACUCAAAGACUGGUGUGACUGAAGAACUAAAUUUUUAAUUAAAUUCACAUAUAACCAUAGGUGGCUACCAUAUUGGGCAGCACAGAUCUAGUGAGUUAGGUUUUUGAUAAGUUAAUCUGGGCUAGACAUGAAGGGUGAUUUUUAUUUUCUCUUAUCUGAAGAACAAGUCCAUCCCCAGAGGGGUUACUAUUGAUACCCAAAUAUUUUGUCUUGUUUGGCUUAAUGAUAAUUUCAAAUAUUUUAUCCACAACAAACAUAAAACAGGCAGAGCAUUCUAAAGCACACGGUAAUGCUUUAGUAGGGGUUUCUUUCAAUUUAAAAGCGAACUGAGAAGUGGUGAAGAGGUAAAAAGAGUGGGAAUGCAAGAAAUCACUCUAAUGGAACUUCAAACAAUUGUAUCUUUAUUUUUAACUCCUUAAAAAUAUAAUUCAAAUUUAUUAGUUGUACUACUUCAAUGACUGGAAUUCUGUUUCAUGCCAAGGUAUAUGUUAUAUAUAGCCAAAUGGAAAAUAUAUCUGAAAAGGGUGAUUGAGGGUUUUCACACAAAUUGACUGUCCAUACCUUACAUAAAAUUUAUUUCAAUUAAAUCAGUCUUUUGUGCAAAAACCUUGCCUUUGUGUUACAUAUUAAUAAAUGAAAAAGUACUGCAUUGAUAUAUAAUUAUUUCAUGUUACAUAUCCCCAAACAAAUAUAUUGUUUGAAUAUGAUGAUUGUAGAGAUACUAUUUAUUUAUAUAAAUGUAAAAAUGUAGAUUCUGAAGUACAGUAUGCAUCUUAGUGGAAAUACCAUAGAUUUUGAAAAUUUUACAUGAUGCAUGUGGACUAAUAAAUGAUUUGGAGAAGUAGUUUGCAUCAUGGAAUAUAUGUAUGAACAUUAAAGAAAUAUGAGUGAAAGAAUAAAAUAUAAUUCUUAGAAGAAAAAUGUUUUGGUCCUUAAAGCUUAUUAUUUUACUCAUUUUUCAUGUGUUGGGAGUAAAAGAGCAGAAACACUUAGGUGAACUCAUUGAGUAGUAUGUUUUAAUUGAUAGCAAGAUCCACACCAGAUUUCUUGACUCCAGCUUUCUAGAAUGACCAUUUGGCAUGCCUGCCAAACACGAGAUUAGGGUCACUUAAUGAUGAGUGUGAACAGGCAGCUCUGGAAAUCAGUGAGUUUGUCCCUUUCUGUUCUUUCCUGCUUCAACGCAUCUCCCUACUUCUGAAUGGGAAGGAAACUUCAAUACUUUGGGGUAUUGUUUUGUGGUGUAUAUAGGUUGAAAUGCUUAUUUUAUGGUAUGGAUUUUGGAUUUAUUUCUAAAACUUCGGACCUUAAAUCUACAACAGUGUUGAUGUAUACAUAUAUUCAAAAGAUGUUCAUACUCCUGUCCUCAACAAAAACAUCAGCUAUUAGAUGUGACUCUAUGUAGUACUUUCCCACUUUUGGGUAACUGCCAGAAACAUACAUGCCUGCUUCGGUUACCCAUGGUACAUGGAAGAGAAGGCAUGGGAAAUGGACAUUCAUAAACCCUCAGCUAAGUCCUGCCAGACUCCUCUUGGGCAAUUAGGAGGUAGGUGGAGGCAGUUUACCUUGCAGUGUGGCUUUCUAGACUGCAUGGUGCCCUCCAGAGCCACUGGCUAGGACUCUUUGUGCUCUUGGUCUCAUUAAGAUUCCUCUCUGACGCCACCCGGGACUAAGGCUGUGAUGAACAUGUUUAUUUUUCUCCCAGUUAUUAUGGAUUCCAAAUGGGGCUUCAUGUAGUUCCCUUAAAUUCUGCUGCUCUCUCAUGUCUGUGGAGGAAGGACCAAAGCAAAAGAGAUUUAAGAAUUAAAGGGGGAGAUUUGAAAAGGUCAUUUAUUCAUUUCAGUUUAAUUGGUUCUACCGUUUUGCCAAUGUCAUGGUUUUCCUGAAAAGUGUGCUUUGUAGCUGGAGAGUCCUUUGUGACUUUUAUGAAUUGCCUUCUCUGGAUUCAUGUGCAAGAGAAGCAAAAAACAGAGAGACAAAAACAUCAGAGCUGGAGGCAGCGUACAGAACUUUGUUCCACUAAUACCUCUCCAGAGCCUCCCAAAGGUCUCAGCAAACACUAGUCUUGGGAAUAAUAGACUUAACAUUUUGGGGAGGCAAUGUGAUUAAAACUCACUGUGAAGUUUAUUAUCUUCCAGAGAUGUUAUUUCAGUACUGCCAAGUCAGAAGUACUUGCUAUUUAUACAAACUUGAAAUGUGCAAAUAUCUCUCUUCAGCUGCCUUCUGCAGUAUGUACAAUGCCGACACCCAAGAUGUUUGUCCUGUAAAGAGUAGGAUGAGCAUCAUGCAAGGAGCUGGAAGAGAUGACUGAUUCUUUAGGCUCCCUCUUCUUGUGGUUCCUCAGCUGUCAGAUUGGUGUAGGAAAUGCCUGUAUUACUUGCUGACAUAUGUAUUCCACUGGCUUAGAAUGAAUUAUAUUUUCACCCAAAGACUGUCUUCUAUUUGACUGAGACAAGACUUAGUAUUUUAUCAUUUUAGUGAGGGUAAUUUUUCUUUUUUGUAAAUGAAGAUUUAGUUUUAAUUUCUAGAUGAUUCUUAGUUUUCUUAUGCCAGCUCUGACGUUUAAUAUUGUCCCCCAGUUUUUGUUUCUCCUUCUCUAGAAGUCACUUGGGAGUCCUACUGACACCUAAAACCAGCCUAUUAUUGAUGUGUUUAUUUUAUUAGUCUGUUUUCCAAAGCUACAUUAACAAUAUUUUCUUAGUCUCCCAUAAUGUGUAAUUCUAUAUAAUUUUCUUUUAAAAACAUUAUCUACUACAAAAAUUCCACAGACCUUACUGACUUUCUUAAAAUACUUACUUGAUUCUAGAUUUUCCUGUCAUAAUUCUGGUUCAUUCCUGAUUCAUACAGAUGGCAGUAUUUGUCAUCAAAUUUUGAUCAUGAUCAAAAUUCAUUUGCUAGCAAAUACUGCCACUGACAAGUAGGGUGGGAGAUAGUGGAAAGAGAGAAAUUAGGAAAAGUGUUGUCACUUUUAAGCUGGCGACAAGAAGACAAAUACCAUAUAAUUUCACAUAAAUGAGUUAUUUGAAGUAGUCAAUUUCUAGAAACUGAGAGAAGAAUGGGUUAGCAGGGCCUAGAGGGAGGGGGAAAGGGGAGUUGUUUAAUGGAUAUAGAGUUUCAAUUCCUAAAAUGAAACAUUUACAGAUUGCCCCAGAGGGAGUGGCUGGGCUCGAACUGGCCAGCCCUGUGCUUAAUGGUCACGGUCUACAGGGAGUGGCAGGUGGAUGGGGGAGGGUGGGGAGCAAGUGAGAAGAUGUGUUCGCAGUCAACAACUAUUGCUUUAAUUUUAGCCACAUAAACAUAAGGAUUCAUAUUUCUAGAUAAAAAAGAUGUGAGAAUGAAUCUUAAAAGUAUUCACAUUAAUCUGAGCAGAAACCUUUUAAAAAGCUACUUGAUUUUAGAAUCCUGGUGAGAAUCCACAUAGACUUCCACCCAUGUUCCUUCAGAGCAGGGGCGUUCCCCCUUCGAUGAUGCAACCCACUCAGUGAGAACCUGGGCAUGCACUCUAGAGGGAUAUUUACUUAUUUAUUUCUAUAUUAUAUCAUUAUACCAUCCUGUGAAAAUAUUAACAUACAUCAUAAAACAUGUGAUGAGAAAUAGAAAAGGAAAAGGAAAAAUGAAUGGGGUUUUAAGGCCCUCUCCCCCACCUUGGUGGAGGGUCAGGCCUCAACUCUCAGCGGCUGUCCCCCUGCCGUGAAGACCACUGCGCUAGAACAAAGGUUUCAGCCUGCUGCUUUCCACUGCAAAUGCCUCCACAGACGCACCUCAAGGGUCUGUGCAAAAUUUUCUGGCAAGCAGGCCCACAGGCUUCAUGAGAUUCCAAAUAGUUCUGUAGGCUUCCAUCUCAGUUGUCCACCUCAGAAUGGAUGAAACUGCAGUGGUCUUUCUUUUUUUUUUUUUAUAUGUAAGACAAUUUGAGCAAAAUACAUUUAAUAGGAAAUUCAAGUUUUUAUACACAAUAACAUCAGUAUUUGCCACUAGGAAAUUAUACAAACUGGUGGGCAUUUCAGUAUUGACCUUGGAUUAUUCGAUUGUCUUCAAAAUACAUGCAAGCAUUGUAAUACUUACAUUGAUUUGUAAAUGAUUGAACAUCAUUGGGUCUAUACUAACUUGUGUCCCACACCGAUUAGCAUUUCCUGUAAACAUUUCCAUCUUUGGAGAAGGGGUACACAUUUAACAUUUUAAAUAUAUACAGCAUUCCAUUAUGUUAACCUUAUAUACUUUGCACAGAAAUGAUAUUUUUGUUGAACAUUUAGUUCAUUUCUGAUUUUUUUAUAGAGGUUCUGAGGCCAUAAACACUUUGCCUAAUUUACUUUAAAAUUUCCUCUUGAGGAACACUUUCCUGGGUGAAUAUUCCUAAAAGGAAAAUGCAGAUUUAAUGUAUGUAGGUAAUUUUGUUGGUUCAUUUUUUUUUUAAUUGUGACUUUUAACUCUAGAAAGAAGAACAUACCAUAUUUUAAGUAUCAUAAGAGAUAUAUAAAUUAUAUGAACCCAGAAAGCCAACAUGCUGUGUUUAAGUUUUAUUUUGAGAACUUAAUAGAAAUAUAACUGCACCUUGAAAUUGCUUUAAUUUGUAUCUCCUUAAUUGCUACAAAUAUUAUACUUUCCUUUAUAAAAUGCCAUGCUGCCCAUUAUUUUUUUUUUUUUGAGAGGGCAUCUCUCAUAUUUAUUGAUCAAAUGGUUGUUAACAACAAUAAAAUUCUGUAUAGGGGACUCAAUGCACAGUCAUUAAUCAACCCUAAGCCUAUAUCUCAACAGUCUCCAAUCUUCUGAAGCAUAACAAACAAAUUCUUACAUGCUGAACAAGGUCUUACAUAGUGAAUAAGUUCUUACAUGGUGAACAGUGCAAGGGCAGUCAUAUCACAGAAACUUUCGGUUUUGAUCACGUAUCAUGAACUAUAAACAAUCAAGUCAGAUAUGGUUAUUCGUUUGAUUUUUAUACAUGAUUUAUAUGUGAAUCCCACAUUUCUCCCUUAUUAUUAUUAUUAUUUUUUAGUAAAAUGCUGAAGUGGUAGGUAGAUGCAAGAUAAAGGUAGAAAACAUAAUUUAGUGCUGUAAGUCUUUCUUUUUUUUAAGUGAGGUUCAGUUCACAUUAAAUUAAUCACUAAAAUUCACACAAACUAACCAUUUGAAGUGAACAAUAAAGAGCAGUUAGAGCAUUCACAGCGUUGUGCGACCACCACCUCUAUCUUGUUCUAAAACAUUCUCAUCACCUUUCCCCAAGAAAACCCUAUAUAGAUUAAAUACUCAUUUUUCCUUUCCCCCCAGUUUCUGGUAGCCACCAAUCUACUUCCUGUCUCUGGGUUUGCCUAUUCUGUUCAAUUGGAUCAUACAAUGUAUGACUUUGUGUGUCUGACUUUUUAAACUUGGCAUGUGGUUUUGAGGCUUAUAUAGUAUGUAGUACAAUAAUCACCACGACAAUGAUUAGAAUGAUGGAAGAGCAGCAAAUGCUUAAGAUCUUGCAUUUAGGUCUUAAUGCAGAGUCAGGCUGACUUUGGGCUGACUAGGGAAGAGAGGCCUCAUCUGAGGAAGGGACCUGGACUAUGGUCUCCACCCAGGUGCGGGUGUCUGCUCUCGGGUUCCAGCAAGUGGGUAACCUGGCAG